AUGGCUGGAGAGGUGGCUCGUACCGAUGUUUUCAUCUGCGGAGCUGGGCCGGUCGGCCUGCUGCUGGCGUACAGUCUCGCACGCCAAGGCAUAAGCUCGCAGGUUGCUGAAAUGUAUGACCGCAAAACCCAAGAGAAGUUCGGCCGCGCGUGUUCGCUGUAUCCACGCACUUGCGAGCUCUUGGAACGCGAGGACCUGUUCGACCAGAUGGCCCAGGUUGCCUUCAUUGCACGCAAUUCCGUGACGUACAAGAAUGGCCAGUUAGUACCGGGUCGCGGUUGGCAGGUCAUGUGGAAGGCGAUGUUGGAUUCCUUCCAUCAGUAUUUUCUGAACAUCCGGCAGAAAUAUUCCGAGGAAAUAUUCCGCACAAACUACGAGUCUUUUGGAUACGAGGUACAGUAUGGUUGGGAAGUGGUGGGGUAUGACAUUGUCAAAAGCAUUGGCGAUGGAUGCAAUGUCACGGUGCGGAUUCAGCAAGUGAAGGGCAGCGAACAAAAGACUGUCAGAUGCAAGUACCUCGUCGGUGCUGAUGGAGGACGCUCGCAGAUCCGCCGUUUGUCCAACAUCCGCAUGGAAGGCGACCAAACAACUUUCAAUUGGGUGCGCCUCGAUGGCAAGUACAAAACAGACAUGCCAUUCCCCGACGCCGGUGCUAGUUCCAUCGAGACCGAAACUCACGGCAACGUGUUGUGGGUGCGUCUUGAUGGCGAUGCUCAUCGCAUUGGCUACGUCUUGUCGCCCAGGUUGUACGAGAAGUAUGGUGACAACAUCACCGAGGAGCAGGCCAUGUAUGAGGCGGUCGAGGCAAUGAAACCGUUCUCUCUGGAAAUUGAAAGGCUUGACUGGAUGACGCGCUACAGCAUCAACCAGAGAGUUGCUGAGCACUUCUUCUUCAAAGACUAUGUCUUUCUCGCUGGAGAUGCUGGCCACACGCACUCGUCCGGCUUCGCCCAAGGAAUGAACACGGGUGUUCAUGAUGCCACAAAUCUCUCCUGGAAGUUAGCCGGCACAAUCAAAGGCUGGUAUCAACCUACCAUCCUCCGGAGCUAUGAGGAUGAACGACGACCAUCUGCACAGCACCUGAUCGAGGUCGACAAGUUGGCGUCUGCGGCCAUAUCUGGCGUUGUGCCGCCCCAGUACAAGCAACUCGCAGCCGAAACUUCUCCCAAUCAGGUUCUGUGCACGAUCAUGGAGGAGACUGCCCCGUUCACUGUUGGUCUGGGAAUUGAAUAUCCCAACUCGCCCCUCAACCAUCCACGGCAGCGUAAGUUGAUGAUCGCUCAAGGCAGUCGGGCUCCCGAUGUCCUCCUGCAGAAGCCAGGUGCUCUGGUCAAGACUCGGCUCUACGACAUCAAUAAAGCACCCGGCCUUUGGACAGUCCUCGUUUUCACGGGAAACCCUGCAAUCACUCGGCCUGCAUUAGCACAGUUGCGCGAAGCUCUGGAGUCAGCGACAAGCUUCGUGAAAAAGAUCGGGCACAUGAUUCAGCUGUUGACUAUUAUACCUGGUACUGCCCCAAGCGCAUGGAGCGUACUCGGAGGCCCGGCCUUCGGAAAAAUGUUCAUCGACCCUGGCUUCGAGGCCCACGGUAGAUACGGCAUUCCUCAGGAGACUGGCGCCAUAGUGGUUGUGAGACCAGAUACCGUGCUUGGAUUUGCUGCCGACUUUGGUAACGUUCAUGAGGUUGACAAAUACUUUGCUGGAUUCUGUAACCAGCAGGGCUUCAAAGCGAGAGCCCUCAUUUGA